AUGAAUGAUGCGAAUGCUGUAUGCGUCCCUGCUGAUCUUAACGUAAACCUAUGUCAAGUGGAGGAUCAGGAGAAAGAAUGUAAGAAUGUACCUUUCCGUGAAGCAGUCGGCUCACUUAUUUUUCUAGCCACGGUAUCACGACCCGAUAUUGCCUACUCUGUAAAUGUAGUCAGUCGUUAUCUUAAUAAACACGAUGACUCACACUGGCAAGCUGUGAAACUUAUAUAUAAGUAUCUAGUAGGCACUGUGGGCUUAGGUACAGAGUACAGAAGUGGUGGGAGCGAGUCUCAGCUGAUAGGAUUUACUGAUGCCGACUACGUAAGUGACAGAGACACGCGCAGGUCAGUCACAGGUUACGCAUUUAACUUAGCGAACGGUCUCGUGACUUGGUCUAGUCAGAGACAGAAGCUUGUCACUCCGAGUACUACAGAGGCUGAGUAUGUUGCGGCAGCUGCGGCUGCCAAGGAAGCCCUCUGGCUCAGAAGCUUGCUAAAUGAUAUCGGAUGUCGGUGUGAACGUGCGAUUCGUUUGGUUAAAACCCAGAAUAUCACAAGCACACCAAACAUAUCGACAUCCGGUAUCAUUUUAUCAGAGAAAAAUUUGAGAAAAAUGAAAUUUCUGUUGAUUAUGUUCCGACAUCUCUGCAGCGUGUAG